AUGGCUCAAGCAGCAUUCGAAAUAGACCUUACCGAGUCUCUCUACGCUGUCACCCUCGAAGACACCGCCUUCGACCGUGCAAUUGCUAAGUGCAUCCUGAGUCGACACGAGUUUCGCCAAGUUUGCCACAAGGCAACCGACCUCCAGUAUCUGCGCAAGCUCGAGGCCAAGAUCUGGGCCGACGGCAUUCAGAUUGCUGCGGACUACCUCAGCGAUCUUGCUACCAAUCUGAACUGUGUCGGCCUUGAGCACUUCGAAUUGUGGCUCUACACCUCCAAAGAUCUGAAGAACCUCCGUGACUUGAUCUUGCUGCGCAACCCAGCUCGGCAUCUGCUCCCCACUAUUGCGGAGGUUGCGGAAACGGCGCGGCAGUGUGCUCCGAAUCUGGCCACUUUCUCCAUCCUGAUCCGAGAAACCCCUGGGGUUACGGCGCGUGCGUCCUUCCGUCGACAUCGGGAUGACGGCGAAUGGGUCCAGGUACGGUACUUGAAGAAGCGGGAGGCCUUCGCGAAGCUCUUCAAGGCUGUCAAGAACGAAAUGGUGAUGUCGGAGCAACGCCUGGUCCACUCAGGAGCAUCUACACCCAAAACCACCCUCAAGACAGAAAAUUCCAACACAGCCAUUACCAAUGUCUCGUCACAGGUUCCGCAGGGAACACGCCCUGUUUCUGCCUCGCCAGCUCCGACCACGUCCAGCCGCCACCUCAAAAUCCUGACCGAAGGGGCAAGCGACUCGUUCGAUUACAUGUAUCAGUUCCGCAAGUGCUUCAGCGUGAACCUAGAGGAGCUGACCCUCGAGGUCCGCGCGGUAGACUCGGGGCCCAACUACACUGCGGCGACCUCAUAUCAUCGUUCCGCCACCGGUCAGGCCGAUGCAGAAGCGAUCACUCAUCGGGACCAGUACCACGCCAGGUGGUGGCGGGUCGAGCUCUCGUACGAAUAUGCUUACGAAGAUGACGAGGAGGACGAGGAGGAUGAGCAGGACGAGGAGUGGACCAACAACAUUCCUGCUUCGCAAGGAGCCUUCGGUGUCAUUAUGCUGGCUGUGGCAUCAGCGUUGUCGGGGAGCCAAAGGAAGGCGAAGAACAUUGCUCUUCAUACACCACAGGCCGAGACGCAAAACCACGAAGGUUCCCCAUACGCUGUAUUUGAGGUGCCUUGCGGAACAUGGAAUGUGGUACAGAUGAAUAGCUUCCUCUAA